GCUCAGUUUUAUUUUAUUUUAUUUUAUUAUAUAGUAAUUUUCUCCGCUUAGUUCUCUAAAUCUCUCUGUACUCAUUCGCCUGACUAUCGAGCAAAGGUUCUUCCUUUAUUUCCAUCAAGGUGACUUUGAGGGGUUGUGUUGGGAGUUACUGAGUGGGGAAAAUGACCGGGGCUGCGAUGGAGGAAUCUGAACUAGGAAGGUCGUUUGAAGGAUUUUCGAGCGAGCAGCAGCAGCAGAUAUGUCAGACUGGAGAAGCAAUAGCAGAAUGGAGAUCAUCGGAGCAAGUUGAGAAUGGAAGUACGUCGACUUCUCCGCCUUAUUGGGAUAGUGAUGAGGAGGAUGAUGGAGGUCCAAAGCCUUCUGACUUAUAUGGGAAGUACACAUGGAAGAUUGAUAAAUUUUCACAGGUCAACAAAAGAGAACUUCGGAGCAACCCAUUCGAAGUUGGGGGUUACAGCUGGUAUAUUUUGAUUUACCCUCAAGGUUGUGAUGUUUGCAAUCACCUAUCUUUGUUUCUAUGUGUUGCAAAUCACGACAAGCUUCUUCCAGGGUGGAGUCAUUUCGCGCAAUUCACUAUUGCCGUGGUCAAUAAAGAUCCUAAGAAAUCAAAGUAUUCUGAUACACUACACCGUUUCUGGAAGAAGGAGCAUGACUGGGGAUGGAAGAAGUUUAUGGAGCUUUCGAAGGUGGUGGAUGGGUUUCUCGAUGAUGAUACCUUGGUAAUUAAAGCUCAAGUCCAAGUUAUCAGGGAGAAAAGUGAUCGACCAUUCCGGUGUCUUGAUCAUCAGUAUCGGAGGGAACUCGUAAGAGUAUACUUGUCAAAUGUUGAACAAAUUUGCCGACGUUUUGUGGAAGAAAGAAAGACAAAACUUGCGAAAUUACUAGAAGAUAAAACUAGAUGGCAGGGCUUUAGCACUUUCUGGAACGAUAUGGACGAAACAACCAGGACCCACAUGUCUCAGGAGAAAACAGAGUUAAUCUUAAAAGUUAUAGUAAAACAUUUUUUUAUAGAAAAAGAAGUCACAUCUACCCUAGUCAUGGAUGCGAUGUACAGUGGUCUGAAGGCUCUUGAGAGCCAAAACACGGGAAAGGACAAAGGCAAAGUUUUAGAGGCAGAAGAGUCGCUGAUUCCUAUUAUUUGCAUCAAGAAAGAUGCAUUGGUUUUGUUGGAUGAUGUAUUGAAACUGCUUCAGAGGGCUGCUACGGAACCUUUGCCUCCAAAGGAAGAGAAAGGUCCUCAAAAUCGUACAAAGGAUGUGACUGUUGGGGAAGACUUCACCAAAGAUUCUUUUGAACGAGAUGAGAAGCGACUAACUGAAUUAGGCCGUCGGACUAUUGAAGUAUUUGUCUUAGCUCACAUUUUCAGUAAAAUUGAAGUUGCAUACCAAGAGGCAGUUGCAUUAAUGAAGCAAGAGGAGUUAAUUCGUGAGGAGGAGGCGUCCGGGCUCGAGCAAAAAGCAAGACGUGGAGAAGCGAACAAGGGAAAGAAAUCCAAAAAAAAGCAGAAGCGGAACAGUCGCAAAGUGAAAGGCAAGGCUAAGGAUGACAAGGCCCAGGAUAAUAAGGCCGAGCAAUACGAUGCUACUGCUGAAAGAAAAGACGCAUACAUUGAGCCUGAAACCACAUUUGAAAAAUCCAAUGCUGUGGAAGAUGCCUCAGAUGCAUCUGAUUCUGUGGAAUGUGUUGCCGAGGUACUUCCACCAAAACCUGAGGAUACGGCUGCAAGCCCAGCCAGUUAUACCGAUUCUGUAUCCCCUCCUGCUGUUGAAGAGCUCGAAACCAGUAGCAGUGUACAGAAUGGAAAGGAAGAAAGAGGUUCACCUCAAGCGGACGAUAGCUCGUCAACUUGUUCUUCUGACUCCGUUCUUCCUGCAGUUAGGCAUAACGGCAAUUCUCGUUCCCACAUAAAUGAAAAUUCUCCACGCAGCAGGCAGAACCAACAGCGUCGGCAGACUUCUGAUGGGGUAGAUUGGGGUACCGAAGAAGCUAGCGUGCCAUCAGAAUACAUUGUGAAUACAAUGCACCCAAACGGUAUUUCUCAAAGUUCCAGCCCAGGCAGAUCUGUGUCUGGGACUGUUCGUUUUUCUCAAGCUAGUGUAGCAAAUGGCACCGGGUGGCAAGUGGGAAAAAAGGCGAAAGAGGUCGAAUAUUUUCAUCAAAAUUCACAUCCCCAAGACACGGUGGUUCUAGAACCAUCUGCCGAUGCAGCGGCAGCUAGAGCUUCUCCAGCCACGAGCCCCACCAAAAACGUCUCUACUCCUCCUCCAAAGUCUGAAGCAUCUUCCGAUGCUGCGGCAUGUAGAACUUCUCCGGCGAGGAGUCCGUCCAAAAGCAUUCCUCCACCAAAGCUGGGCUUCGAAAUCAACAUUUUCAAGAAACAGCCUCUGGACAACCGAAAAGUUAGCGCCGCUGCAACAAAUCCAUCAAAUUCGUCUCGACAAACUACGAAGCUGAAACCCGACACUCCAAAGCCCUCAACAGCUCCAAAACCCGGUGGACAUCCAUGGAAAGCUGGAAGGGAUAACAAGCCUCAAGGAUCCGAAGUUGUGGCCGCAGUUGAUAAGCCCUCGGCUCUAUCGAUUCCUGUCGUGACUAGAUCAUUGAGUGCCCCUCUAGCUCCCGGAUCCAAUCCGGCAGUUCCCCUGGCCUCUCGAGUCCAAACUCCGCCGCCGUUGCUGCACGCGGUUAGCACCGCCGGUCGCCUCGGCCCAGAUGCUAGCACCACUUCGAUCCCAGCCUUUGUUCCGCACUCGUACCGGAAUGCAAUCGUGGGAGGACCUUCGAUCGGUCGAGGCUCGUCCGUGCAUCCUCAAAAUCACUCUGUUCUCUUGCAGGAACCCGUCGUCUUUCCGUCGCAACAUCGGUCCAACUCCAUGGAUCUGAGCCCGCUGUUUGUACCGACGAGUCGUCAAAACAUGCUUCCGAACAGAUCGCAGUGGAUUGAGCACCCUCAAACGAGUCACAUUGCUGAUUCUCAGAGUUUCGGUGCUCAGGAUCGCAUGCCGGACGAAUUCCCCCACCUGGAUAUCAUCAACGAGCUUCUCGACGACGAGCACGGAAUUGGGUUCGCUGCCAGAGCAAACUCCGGGCAUCUCGAUUUCGGAGGCGGCGGCGGCGGCGGCGGCCUUCAUCUGAACCGGCAUUACAGCUUCCCCGGUGACCCCAACUUCGGCGCCGCGCAGAGCUCGUGCAGGUUUGAUCGAACCCAUAGUUACCAUGGCGAUUUACUUCACCAUGCUUAUAAUACUUCAGGACGAGGCUACGAAGCGUUACCUGGGUCGGGUCCGCAGAUAUAUGCAAACGGGCGGGUUGACGGAUACUUGCCGGCGCAGUUUCCGGUAAGGAAUUCCGAUGUGCCGUUUUUUGGCGUCGCGCGUGUCGAUGAGUCCGGGUAUCCUUAUCGUUUCCCGGCGGAGUACCAAAUUCGGAAUAGGUACGGCGGCGGCGUGUAUCGACAGUCGUCGUCGAACGGGCAUUAGACAGGGAACUUGUUUCUGUGUGAAGAUGUGUUUUUUUUUUAAACCAACUGUGAGAGUUUGUAAAGAAGCAUGUUUCUUUCGCCUCUCGCAUACAUAUUUGGGUUAUGAAGAAUGUUUUAUCUUCAAUUUCAUAAGCUUCUUUAUUU